UUGAGUAUUGCUCCUCGAACUUUAAAGAAGUCAGCUAGCUCAAUCGGAUUCCGAGCGAAGAGAAUGCUGAGUUUAAAGAAUCAGAAAUAGCGAGAAAUUUAGUAGGAACAAUGAGCCAGCUGCAGAAUCUCAAAUUGAUUUCUCAGACCGUACAAUCUCUGAGGAAUCUAAGAAUUUCAUGGAUUUUGAAGCACAUGAUGAGAAGGCUAAAGAAGCUAUUUUCCAACAAAUUUUUACUAUACUGAAACUUAACCCAAAUAGAAGGCGUAAAAAGCAGCUGUUAGAGCUAAAGGAAUACUUUAAAAACCUUGAUUUCUUCAAAUAAACUAGAAACACCUGAUGAAUAUGACGAUAUCUCUGCACAACUUUCAAGGUUCAGGUACCUUAAAGCAUUCAAUCUGUCCCAGGACCAGAAAGUGUUCGACUAUGGUGACAAAGGAGAUUGCUUCUACAUCGUUAUUAAAGGAUCUGUUGGUAUCAAGGUGCCUACAACCUGCAACAAGGAGUUCACCCAGAAGCAAUUUGUUGCCUUUUUAGAGAAGAAUAAAGAUGACCUUAUAUUUGAUAAAAUUAAGCAUCACCUCCCAGUGAAGAACCUGAAGGAAGGAAUCCCCAAGAAGCUUAUCUUAGACGACACUGAAGUUAAGAACUACGAGAUCUGUAUACUAAAAGAAGUGGCUGAACUUAAGGAAGGAAUGAGCUUCGGAGAACUCGCUCUGAUCGAAAACCAGCCCCGCUCAGCUACUGUUUAUUGUAAAAGCAAGGAUGUCUACUUCGCUAUUCUAAAUAGAAAAGAUUUUGAGAAAACUUAUAGUAAUACCCAAAAAGUAUUAACUAAGCACAAAAUGGAUUUAUUAAGACAUUUUGGAAUAUUUUUCCACUUUAAAUUCAAGACCCUCAAGAAGCUAAGCUUCUAUCUCUUCGAGAGAAAAUAUUGUAUGAACCAGAGAAUAUACACUGAAGGAGAGUUCCCAGAUGGAGUAUACUUAAUAGAAAACGGUGAAUUUGAACUAUCCAAAAGUAUCUAUGAUAACAAUAUUGUGAAUAAAUUCAGAGUUUCACGUCUGGGCCAGAACCAAAUGUUUGGACUCCAGGAAUGUAUAACCCUAACUACCAGGACAAUGAACGCAACAUGUAUUUCUACAAGCGGUACUGUCUAUUUUAUCCCAUCAAAAGAUUUUGUGCACAAGUUUUUACCGAAAACUCCGGACGAGGUUAUUGAAAAAGAGCUUAUUCUGAUCCAGGAGUUCUUACAGUUGCGGUACCAGUCAUUGGUAACACUUGAGCAAGCUUCCGAUAUUAUUAAGAUGGAUGAGAUCAUUAGUAGGUAUCACUGCAGAAGAUUUGUGAAGCAUAAGAAGAAGAUGGUGGAGUAUAUUGAGAAGGUGCAGCAGGAUGAUGACCCGAGUUUGAAGUAUAAGAGGAAGGGGCUAGAGAGAGAGGUUUAUAAUCAGUCUGUAAAACAGAAAAGAGUGCCUUAUUUUAGUGAGGGUGAGAAGAUUAAGCCGGUAGAAAGUCGUGAAAGGAUUUCUAGUAGGGUGGAUACGAGUAUUGUGUCUUCGAGCUCGAGAUUAGAGAAAAAUGAUAAGAAAUCUAUUAGGAAUAAGAUGAGGAAGAAAUUGACUAUAAAAAUGGAUGAUCGUUUAUCCCCAAAGAAUACUUUAACUAACCAAAUUACUUUACUCAAGAAAUCACUGAAGAAAAGCCAUGAUUUGAAGGUAACAAAACCCAAAAUUAGAGUCAUCAAGAAGCUCAGACGAUCCCAAAAGAUGAAUCUUAAAAGCAAACCACUGAAGGAAAAAUAUAAGAUUGCAAAUAAAAGGAAUUUCUUCAUAACCCUUCCUAAAUAAAAAACAUUCAGCUAUAAAAAUUGGAGGAAUGAGCAUCAAAAAGAUCUGAAACACUAUUGAAAGUCCUAAUGCUGAGAAAUAGCAUCCAGACCUCUGAAUUUAAAUUCAAAAAGAUCAAAGUCUUAAAUAAAGACACCAAAGAUGGAAUGUCCUCAACAAAGGCCUCAGGGAGGGUUUCAAAAUACUCUCGCUUCAUUCCGACCACCAAUGUAUUCAAAUCAAUGGAUGGCAAGAACCGAUAUGGCAAAACCUUUUAUAAAGUAAACAGCUUGGAUCAGUACCAAAAGCAUAUCCCAGAGAGGUUUUCUAGAAGAGUUGUGAGGCAAAAACAUCUAGAGUUAUCCCAUAAUAGUUCUCAUAACUCUUCUCUUAAAAAGGUCGCAGAGGAUAACUCUGAGUAUUUCGCAAAUAUAAAGAUACCGAUAUCAUUGAGGAAAGAGUUUGGCAUGAAGCAUACACAAUCUACAGAAAUAUCUCUUUCCUCAACAUUACCGCCGAAGAGAGCUAGUCCUAGUGUAGACAUCAAGCCAAAGUUUAAUGUCAAGAUGGAAAGAUUUCCUAAGGCUAUUGACGAGUUCAUGGCUGAGAAUAAUCUCGAUCUGGCUUAAUUGAGCAUUGCAGUUUUUCAAGUAUAACACUUAUGUUCAGAUUCAAUUA